CGUACAACGAGAUGUCAUGUAAUUGGGCAACAGUUUUCGAGCAGAAGACGACCUGAAAACACAGAAACCUUGCAGCUUUGUGUCUGACGCCUGCUUAUUUAUAAGCCAUGGGUAACAUUCACACAGUCGGGCCCAAUGAAGCGCUUGUCAUUUCGGGUGGCUGUUGUGGAGCAGAAGGCCGAAAGUACAUCAUUGGUGGAUGGGGCUGGGCCUGGUGGCUAGUUACAGAUACUCAGAGCAUUUCGUUGGAAGUUAUGACUUUGAAUCCUGUCUGCGAGAGCGUAGAGACAUCAGAAGGUGUUCCAGUGACUGUAACAGGUGUUGCACAGUGUAAGAUCAUGAGGGCUCCAGAUAUUCUGAAAAAUGCCUGUGAGCAGUUUUUGGGCAAAUCAUCAGAACAUAUCCAACGCGUCAUUCUGCAGACACUAGAAGGCCAUCUUCGUGCUAUUCUGGGCACACUGAGUGUGGAGGCUAUCUAUCAAGAUCGUGACCAGUUUGCAGCCCUUGUUCGUGAGGUUGCUGCCCCUGAUGUUGGUAAGAUGGGAAUUGAGAUUCUCAGCUUCACUAUUAAGGACAUCUAUGACAACGUGGAGUAUCUUUCCUCCCUUGGACGUGCCCAGACAGCUAAUGUCAAGCGAGAUGCUGACAUUGGUGUUGCUGAAGCCAACAGAGAUGCUGGAAUCAGGGAGGCGGAGUGUGAAAAGCUGCGAAUGGAUUCCAAGUACAGGGCAGAUGCCCGUGUUGCUGAUUCUGCACGUGAGUUCCAGAUGCAAAAGGCACAUUUUGAUAGCGAGGUCAACAGCAAGAGGGCUGAAGCUGAACUAGCUUAUGAGCUCCAAGCAGCAAAAGAGAAGCAAAGAAUUCGCGGUGAGGAGAUUGAGAUUGAAGUUGUGGAACGUCGUAAGCAGAUUGAUGUGGAGGAGAAGGAAAUCAUACGCAAGGAGAAGGAGCUGAUUGCCACAGUGAAGCGUCCAGCAGAGGCAGCAGCAUACAAGAUGACACAGAUUGCUGAAGGACAAAGGUUUCAGACCGUCGAAGUUGCCAGAGCAGAGGCAGACAAGAUCCGGUUAACUGGUGGUGCAGAAGCAACAGCCAUUGAAGCUGUUGGCAAGGCUGAGGCUGAGCGUAUGCGGUUGAAGGCAGCAGCAUACAAGCAGUAUGGAGAGGCCGCCAUGUUGAACCUUGUGUUAGAGACCCUUCCACUGAUUGCGGCAGAGGUGUCUGCCCCGCUGUCCAAAACAGAUGAGAUUGUAAUGGUGGGAGAUGAUCGCAUGACAAGUGAAGUGUCGCGUCUUCUGAGCCAGCUUCCACCUGCCGUUCAUGCACUUACAGGAGUUGACGUGUCUAAGGUUCUUACAAAGUUGCCUGGAGCACAGUCCUAGGUCAUGUCCACAAGAGCAGAGACCUGAUUGCAAGACCGCAACAGGCGUGUGCAACAUUGAUGUGUCCAUAUGCUGUUGAGCCUUUUACUCUGCAUGUUCUAAUUAUAUGUAUUGGUACAUCAGAAAUGCUAGUCUAAUUGUUUCAGAGCAUAAUGAAGGUAAUAAUCUAGUAUGUUCUAAAUGGUAAAGGCAAGAAGGGAGUUGUUAUGAAUUCCCAACCUUGAACCCUUUCUUAUACUGCUGUUCUACCUCAGAGAAAAUUAAGGGGCAUAAAGAUUUGUAGAUCUGCAUGAAUUACAAAGUGUUGCCUUUUCUCCUCUCAAUAUAAUAUCGUCUGACAAGAUCUGAGAUGUUAAAUAGCAAAAUGAAUGUUAAAAGUAACUUUUAUGAGCAGUAUUAGGACAAGUGCUGAGAGAAAUUUAGAAAUUCUAACUUUACUGGCAUUUGUUAAAUGCCUAUCUUCUAGUGCAUUCUACUUGCAAAAAGCCAGCAAGCAUACCUGUGUAAUGCUUAUUUUUAUGGAUAUUCUAACAGUUGUAAUGUCCUGUCAUAAAUAUUAUGUGAGCAUUCAGUGCUGGUGGUUAAUAUAUUUUAUGGACAAACAUUGUGUGUGAACACCAUUUCUUUCCUUUGAUAAGCAUAACAGGAAGAUUUGGUUAAGAAAUAACCUUGUAUUAACCUCAAUUUAUGCCUUUUUACAAAAUAAAAUUUGUGCAGGUUGAGUAGUACCUGCAUAUUCUUCUUUUACAUUUCUUAGAAUUUUCAGUAAAAAUUGAAGAAUGAUUUGUUUUAAUGAACAUUACUCUGGCAGCAUAAGAGAUUGAGUUUUAUGUAUGUGCAAAGUGUGUUUGCUUGACAGCUGGAUUUUCUUUUUCUCCAAUUCAUACUAAUACUCCUUGUUGUGUAUACAUGUAUUUAAAUUUUUUAUACAACAAUGUUGAGAUUAAUCAAGUCUUUAGCUGGCAGGUAAUUUUUUUUAAUUUCUUAGUUUUUACCUAAAAAUUGUUUUCUGUACAUGUCCCUUUGACUACUAUUUCUAUCUACUGUAAAUUUUUAUUCAGAUUUUGGCAGGUGCAAUAGAAUUGUGAAUGAUGUUUAAAUAAGUGAAUGAUCUUUGAAUCGGCAUUGUUUCCAGUGUUUAUAAUCUCUUUUUAAAAUGAUAAACUUUUGUGAGACUGCUAAAUGUCAAUAGCAGAAAUACAAAUGGGUCUACAGUUACUGAAAUGGGCUCAGCAGGAAAAGGCAUUUGCAAUUUAAAGAUCAUUGACUCCCUAUUAAGUUACCAGGAAGGAGCAAACCUGUGUUGCUGAAUUACAGUGGUAUUGGAAUUUGGUCUUUCUUGGUAAAAGUUAAAAUAUGACUAUGAUCAAGCAAAUAAUCUUGACACUCCCGAGUUAUCAUCGCUGUUCAUCAGAUGUUGAUUAAGGCAUUAAAAAUGUACAAAAAUAGUUUCAAAAUAAUCAUGAUAAAUCAAGCAAUUAAUGGGGGUCCAUGUGAUUCUUUUUCAGACUUUCAUUUUAUAAACAUGUCAUGCUGAAUGGCACUUUACAAAAAUGUAUCAGAAGUUGAAAAUUGCUAAAAUACUGCUAUGGCAGUGUCGUACAGGGAGUGGAGCAGACGUUGAAUAUUCUUGAAACAACAUGGCAGUAGAUAAAGACAAGUUUAGUUACUUGGCUUAAAUAGGCUGAUGUUUGUAGCAUUUGUGGUCUGGAAGAAAGGAACAAAUUCUAGCAGGAUGCAUAGAUGUUUGCAUGCAAAAAUGCAUAUACGUGUUAGAACUAUAAUCUAGUAGUAUGGCAGGAAGGAAAUUGGCACCAAUGCAAAACAAGUGCACAGCACACUAAGGAGCACAACCAUUUUGUUUAGCCACAUCUGUGAUUAUGGUUUUUUUUUUUUUGGCAAAUGAUGCCAGCAUAUGCUCAAAACCUUUUGUUUGUAAUGAACUGAGCAUAUAAAUUGUUAUUAUGUCAGUAAAUGGCUUUGCAGAAUAUCAUAGUUUCCCAUUAUGUUGGUUUAUACAGAAGUAUUAAAUGCAGAAAAAUGCUUGCUCAAGAUCAAACACACAAAGUUACAUAUAUACAUUGUCAUGAGCCAUUCUUUUUUUUAUGUUGUAGAAUGAGAUGGAUGAAUUAAUGGAUAUCUUCUGGAGACUGAAGAUUGAGAAUAAUCUUUGUUAUACUGUUAUUUUUUAAACAAUUUAUAUUGUUAUCGAGCAAUUUAAAGCUUUCACGUCAUACAACAUUCAGGUUUUGCAAUCUUACACCAUGUUUGAUGUCUUUGGUAAUUUAUUUAUAUUUUUGUUACUAUUUUUAUUAGCCUUGUGUAUUUUUUUGUGCAGUAUGUCAUUUCAUACAAAAUUUAUAUCUUAUGUAAUAAUACUUCUUGUACGCAAAGUAAAGCCAUCUUUUAAAAAAGAAAA